AUGGAGGCCGGCGGUAACAGCACUCGCAGGGACGAGGAUACGCUGGAAACGCUGGAAACACAGGUCGAAGAAGACGAUGCCCCGCCCACGACGUAUGCCCAGAGCUUCACGCCGCGGUCAUUGCUCGUUGGUCUCGCCAUUGGGGCGCUGAUAACCUUCUCAAACACCUAUUUUGGGCUGCAGACAGGAUGGAUCAGUGUCAUGACGAUGCCCUCGUCACUGAUCGGGUUUGCCGUCUUCAGGUCACUCUCCCGCCAUCUUUCGUUCCCGUUUACGCCGGUCGAGAAUGUUCUGAUACAGACGGUGGCCGGCGCCGUAGGGACGAUGCCCCUGGGAUGCGGCUUCGUGGGCGUCAUUCCGGCCCUGGAGUAUCUGCUCCGGCCAGGACCUGACGGCCCUAUGGACGGGAGUGAUGGUGGUGACGGCGAAGGCGGGCCCUUGAAGCUGGCAUCAUGGAAGCUGAUUGUCUGGAGCUUGGGCGUUUGUCUGUUUGGCGUCAUCUUCGCGGUGCCUCUAAGAAAGGAGGUUAUAGUGCGGGAAAAGCUCAAGUUCCCCAGUGGUACAGCGACGGCUCUCAUGAUAAAUGUGUUACAUGGCGCAACCAAACCGGUUGAUAAGGGCAAAGGGACUACAAGGAGGCUGAACCACUCCACUGACAGUCCGGCAGAGACUGAGCGGCUAUUGGCAUCCAACGACAUUGCAGGUGUCACCCUGGAGCAUCUAGAAGCAGACAGAAGAAGAAAACAUGAAUGGAAGGCUAAAAUUAGAAUGCUGCUUCUUGCAUUCGGUGUAUCUGCCAUCUAUACCCUUCUGUCGUAUUUUGCGCCGGUGCUCCGUAAUCUGCCGGUAUUCGGACUUCCCCUGGCAAAUCAAUGGUUAUGGACCUUGAAUCCAUCACCUGCGUACAUCGGGCAGGGCAUCAUUAUGGGACCUUCCACAUCUCUUCAUAUGCUGCUCGGUGCCGUAAUCGGAUGGGCUAUACUCUCCCCUCUAGCAAAGCAUAAUGGCUGGGCGCCAGGCCCGGUAAAUAGCUGGGAGACUGGCAGCAAAGGUUGGAUAGUUUGGGUCUCCCUGGCAAUUAUGCUUGCUGAUUCAAUCAUCAAUUUGGCCUGGUUGGCAAUUCGACCACUCGUCAAUCAAGGCCCUGGAUUUGUCGUGCGUCUUCAGUAUGAGAUCAGACGAAAACAGUUCUGGACAGGUCUGUUUAGCAGAAGCACUCCGUCCAGCCCUGGCUACACUGCCAUACAUGCGCGAGAAGGCCGUGACCCAAAGGGGGAAGACUACGAUGCUCCCCCAUCCGAACUUAUAUCUAACCGUACAAUCGCGAUACUGCUUCCCCUUGCGCUAAUUCUAAACGUCGUAUGCAUGCGCAUAGCGUUUGGUGACAUAAUAUCUCCUUUUCUUUCAAUUGCGGCUACACUCCUCGCUCUUCUUCUCUCCAUAAUGGGUGUCCGCGCCUUGGGAGAAACUGACCUCAACCCUGUAUCUGGCAUCAGCAAACUCACUCAGCUUAUUUUUGCUGUAGCCACUCCCGCGAGCCACCAUACAUGCCGCAGUGCAAUAGUUGCUAAUCUCCUUGCGGGUGCUGUGUCUGAGUCUGGAGCUCUGCAGGCAGGCGACAUGAUGCAGGAUCUGAAGACAGGCCACCUCCUCGGCGCCAGCCCCAAGGCGCAGUUCUAUGGCCAGGCCAUUGGAAGUGUCGUUGGUGCUAUCAUCUCAGUUGGCGUGUAUAAGCUCUACGUCAACGUCUACCCAGUUCCCGGACCUAUGUUCGAGGUCCCGACUGGAUAUGUUUGGAUAUUUACUGCGCGACUUGUGACCGGCCAAGGUCUUCCAGAAAUGGCAUGGCCAGCCGCCGGUAUUGCCUGCAUAAUAUUCACCAUUACCACCAUCCUGAGAAUUGUCGGAACAGUCUCCGGCCCCGCCGGUAGUAAAGGCCCGGUAUUUGCCCCUUGGCGUGCUUGGGUGCCCGGUGGCAUUGCUGUUGCCGUUGGGAUGUACAAUGUUCCUUCAUUCACCUUAGCCAGAGCAAUUGGAGGUAUAAUUGCUCUUAUUUGGCAAUAUCGUUCCAUAAUUAUGCGAGAUCGUCUUGCUCUAUCCAAAGCACAAAGCGCCAGUUCACCAGAUGGUGAAGAACAGGAGGCACACAAGCCGCUAGAUAACGACGAAGAUUCAACUUCAUCAACGAUAGUUAUUCUAGCGUCGGGUCUUAUUCUUGGUGAAGGUAUCGUCAGCAUCCUAAACCUGAUACUAGCGAGCGCAAAGGUUCCGCACCUCUGA